AUGGCUCGCGAAGGUACCCGCUCGCAAACGGGCAACUCCCGCCCCCGAGUCUUCCACACCAUCGACACCGGGCCGACCAUCACCCGCAAGAAGCGAACGAACACGACCACCACGUCGAAGCCCAAGACGAAAGUCGCCGCCACCAAGAAGAAGACGGCUGCGGGAACCGAGUCGACCACGGACAAGGUCAAGGCUGCGCUUAGUGCUAGUAGCGCGAAGAAGGAGGAUGGAAAGAAGCCGAGGGGCGUGAGGAAGUCGAGCGCUAGCGGUAGCGGUAGUGUUAAGAAAGCUGUUCAGAAGGUCAAGGCUCAGACGCAGCGCCCUGCCGAAACCAAGGCAUAG